GCGGGGCCUGAGCGCAGGAGGGCGGUGGGGAUGGCGGUGACGGCGAAGGCGGGCGGCUCGGAGCGGCCGGGCUCCGGGCUCUGAGGCCCGGGCCUUGCGGUGACUCUGGAGAGAGCGGGCGAGGCCGGGGCCGAGGCCCGGGCACCAUGCUCCGGCAGCUGCUCCACCGGGGCCUCCGGAGCGGUUUCUACCGCCUGGGCUUGCUGAUCGGGAACCACCCGGUGUUGUUCGCCUCCGCCCCGGUGUUACUCUCCAUCCUGCUGGGGGCCAGCUUCAGCCGUUACCGGCUCCAGGACGACAUGGAGUACCUGUUCGCGCCGAGACACAGCCUGGCCAAGAUCGAGCGGAGCCUCGUCAACAGCCUCUUCCCCGUCAACCAGAGCAAGCAGCGGCUUUACUCGCACCUCCAGAGCCCGGGGCCUUACGGCCGGCUCCUCAUCACCCGCCGCGGCAACGGCGGCCGGGGACCCGCACCCGGAGCUGGGAACCUGCUGGAGCCGCAACACAUCCAGCUCAUCCUGCAGCUGCAUUCAUCUGUGACACGGAUUCAGGUGCCAGUGUUGGGCUUCAACUACUCAUUUGCCCACAUGUGUAUUCUAAAGGAUAAUAAGAUGUGCGCCUUGGAUGAUAUUGUGUAUGUGCUGGAGGAGCUGAGGGCUGCAUGGACCAUCAACGGCACAGGGAUCGUCAUCAGCUACCCAAAUACCUACCUUAAAGAUGGCCAGGAGGUGUUUAUCGGGCACCAGCUCGGAGGUGUCACUCUGCAGAAUAAGAAUCGGGUGAAAUCUGCUCGAGCAAUUCAAAUCACCUAUUACCUGCAAACACGUAACUCCUUGAAUGAUCUGGUGGCAGAGAAAUGGGAGUCGGCUUUCUGCAAAACUGUUGAAAAUUUCCAAAAAUCUCACAAGGAGCUGAAACUCUAUCCGUUUACAUCGUCAUCGCUAAAGGAGGACUUUCAGAAAAGCAGCCAGGUUUCAGAGUGGUAUCUGGUGACUAGUUUACUGGUGGUCUGGCUACUGGCCAUGCUGUGCUGUUCCAUGCAAGACUGUGUUCGUAGCAAGCCCUGGCUUGGACUCCUAGGCUUAGUGACAAUGGCACUGGCCACCCUCACAUCAGCAGGGAUCAUCAACUUGAUGGGAGGGAAGUACAACUCUACCUUUCUGGGAAUACCCUUUAUUAUAUUAGGACAUGGGCUCUACGGCAUGUUUGAAAUGCUCUCAUCGUGGAGGGAGACCAUGGAGGAUCAGCAUGUGAAGGAGAGGAUUGCCAAUGUGUACGCCGACACCAUGCUGCCCAUUACACUCACCACUGCCAUGUACAUGGUGACAUUUGGCAUUGGCGCCAGUCCCUUCACCAAUAUCGAAGCAGUGAAGGAGUUCUGUGUGAACACAUGCAUAUCCGUGCUUUUUAACUACCUCUACCUGAUGGCAUUCUAUGGCUCCAAUCUGGUCUUCACUGGUUACUUAGAAAAUAAUUACCAGCAUAGUCUUUUUUGUAGAAAAGUGCCCAAGCCAGAUGAUCUGCAAGCAAAACCCGCCUGGUAUCGGUUUAUCAUGAUGUCCAAAUUCAAUGAGGAGGCAGCCAGCCCAAACGACCCAAGCCCCUAUGAAAGUCAGUUCCUGCUUUGGUUUCUGAAGCAGUACUAUUGCGAUUGGAUUACAAACACUUACGUAAAGCCUUUUGUGGUUUUGUUUUAUCUGGUUUAUAUCUCCUUUGCCUUAAUGGGCUACCUGCAGAUCAGUGAAGGGUUGGACCUCAGCAACAUAGUAGCCACUGAGUCUCGAACUGUCUCAUAUAGUACCGUCCAGCAGAGAUAUUUCAGUAGCUACAGCCCUGUCAUCGGCUUUUAUAUUUAUGAACCCAUUGAAUACUGGAAUGCCAGCGUACAGGAGGAUUUGUUAGAAAUCACCGGGGGCUUUGUCAGAAUUUCUUGGUUUGAAACAUACUUGAAUUACCUUAAAAGAUUAAAUGUUACCUCUCCCAUGUCUCGUAGUUACUUCCUAGAGACCCUGCGGAACUCCUUCCUAAAGACGCCGCAGUAUUCCCAAUUCUCCGAUGAUAUCAUACUAGUGAGGAAAGUCAACAAUGAGCUGGAGGUGGUGGCCUCACGCAUGUAUCUCGUGGCCAAGACAGCGGAAAACACCAGGGAAGAGAUUUAUGAUCUGCUGGAGACACUAAGGAAACUGUCCUUGACCUACAAAGUGAAAUUCAUGAUUUUUAACCCAUCGUUUAUUUACAUGGACCGGUAUGCUUCGUCGGUGGGAGCACCCCUGCAGAACUCGUGCAUCAGUGCCCUGUUUGUCCUCUUCUUCUCUGGUUUCUUGGUGGUGAAUCCCCUGCUGAACAUUUGGCUCAGUCUGACUGUGGCCUCAGUGGAGUUUGGAGUCGCUGGCUUUAUGAGCCUGUGGGAUGUGGAACUGGACUGUAUCUCGGUCCUCUGCUUAAUUUACGGAAUAAACUACACCAUCGACAACUGUGCACCGUUCCUGUCGACGUUUGUCCUGGGAAAAGACCUGACAAGGACGAAGUGGGUUAAAAAUGCUUUAGAACUGCAUGGAGUGGCCAUUUUGCAGAGCAAUUUUUGCUACAUGGUUGGUAUAAUCCCCCUCAGUUCGGUGCCUUCGAACCUGAUCUGUACACUAUUCAGGUGUCUGUUUCUUAUAGCCCUUUUCACCUUUCUCCACUGCUUUGCCAUUCUGCCCGUGGUCCUGACCUUUGUUCCGCCUUCCAAGAAGCAAGUGGAGAGGAAGAGCCCAGAAAACCACAGCGAGGUCGAGUGCAUGGAGAUGGUGGACUUGGAUGGCACCCGGGUGGUCGACCACAUCACCUCAGUCUGAUUGGCGCAAUGCAGCCAGGCCAUGCGGAGAGAGACAGAGAGAGAGAGAGAGAGACAGAGGGAAGAGGGGGAUCAUGUGAAUGUAUAGGUGGGAUGGGGGAAAUGGGCAAAUGGAAUGGAACUUCAUUGAUGGGGUUGGGGAAGGGUUAGAGGGAGAUGUAGCAGACACACCAAGGAGAAAGGGGGAAAACUGUCAGUGGGAAGUAAACUUGAUACCUCCUGGAGGCACAGAGAGAGAGGCAACAGGUCUAUUUUGGGGUUCGUGGUCCACAUGGACCUCCUCCCACCUUACCUCCAUCUCACCUUAUCAACACACCCAUCUAUUCCUUUGUCUCACAUGCACACACAUCUGGCUUCCUCAGUUUACCACAACCAUUCACUGCAGGAGCGAGUUCUUCAUUCUCACCACUCUCUGAGUAAAGAAUCACUUCUUCGAUUUAUUCGAGACUCCCUUAUGUUUUACGGCCUGUAUUUCUGGACUGCCCCAUAAAUUGAAACAUCUUCUCUACAUGUCAACCCUGGGGAACCCCCUUCAGAGUUUGUUCAGCCUAUUUGGAGCCACCCGGGGUACUGAGGCUAUAACAGGAAUGCGCUGCUCAGUGUUCAAGGACAAUGUGGCGACAGAGCAAGGGAGCUGCAUGCGUUCGAAUGAUUCAUCUGUCCAUUUGCACUCUGCUGAACUGGGAUUUCCAAAUGAGAGCUGGAUGGUCUAAAGGCAUUGUUGGUCCUGAUAAACUAGAUGUUACCUGCACCAUCAGAAUCCUCUGGGUAGGCGAGUUUGAAUAUUGUUUUUCCACUUGGAAACUGUGAGUUGAAGGGGAGAAACUCAAUGGGUUUUGUGAACUCUCCUGGGAUAUUUUCCUAAUUAGCAGAAUGUUUUUUAAUUCAUUCAUGGGAUGAGAGCAUCACUGGCUAGGCAGCAUUUAUUGCCCAUCCCUAAUUUCCCAGAGAGCAGUUAAGAGUCAACUGCAUUGCUAUGAAUAUUGAGUCACAUGUGGCCCAGACCAAGUAAUGAUGGCAGUUUCCUUCCCUAAAGGACAUUAGUGAACCAGAUGCGAUUUUCCAACAAUUGACAAUGAAUUCAAGUUCAUCAUCGGACUCUUAAUUCUAGAUAUUUUAUUGAAUUCACAUUCCACCAUCUGCCAUGGUGGGAUUUGAACCAUGUCCCCACAACAUUACCUAGGUCUCUGGAUUAACAGUCCAGCGAUAACACCACUAGGAUAUUGCCUCCCCCCCUCUUAUCUGAGAUUAUCUGACAAUCUGAUUAUCAUAUAAUUUCUUAGUCUGCAAAACACUUGAUUUCAGAUGUCAGUUCCCCCGAUAAGGCUGGCAUCACCCACCAUCCCAAGAAACAUUUCAGUCUCUGGGGACUUCUUACUCAUCGGUUUUAUCACAGAAAAUGUUGCAUUUUAAGAUUAGCCUCAGAAACUUCAACCUUCUCGCACCAGAUACUGUAACAGUUCACAGAUUGAUAGAAGCCAGAAGAAAAAACAGAAUCAUGAAAUAUCUCUGCUUUUUGUUUUUCAGGUAAAGUUAAAUAUCCACCUGAACCUUGCAUAGGAAGAUCAUUGGAUUAUUGAAUGAUACAGAACGAAAGGUGUCCACUUGGCCCGUCAUGACUAUACCAGCUCUUUGAAAGAGCUAUCCAAUUAGCCCCACUUUCCUGACCUCUCCCUAAAGAACUACCCAAUUUAGUCCCAAUUCUAGGCCUUUCCCUAAAGAGCUACACAACUAGUCCCACUUCCCUGGCCUUUCCCUAAAGCAUCUUCAAAUGGUUACCGUUCAAACCUUUUUCCAACUCCUGUUUGUUGUUAAACUUGCUUCUGCCACCUUACCAGGCAGUGAUUUCCUCAUCACUGUAACUCACUGAGUUAAACAAUUUCUCCUCACCUCCUCCUCUGCUUCGUGUACCCAUUGUCUUCAAUCUGUGUCCCCUGGGCACUGCCUUUCCUGCUGAUUAUUUACCCUGUUCAAAUUUAAGGUGAAGCAUGAAAUGCCCAUUCAAAACAAAAAAAACAGGAGCUAACACAAGGCUCAUCAAUGGAUCGUUUGUUGACGAACACCCUGCCCACUCCUCCCUUUCCCUCUUCUUCCCAAGUUUGAGCUGAGCUACCCAGGGAUCUAAUCUCAGGCUAUGGUCAGACUUGAAACCUGGUUUAGGUUCCUCUCUUCAGCUGACAGAGACUGGAUGGACUGUAAAAUGAACGGGACACUUAGCUGCUUUUCUCUAGGCACUUAGGGCUCCAAGAAGAGCGAUUGGACAGAGAUAAUUUACCAGGUGCAUGCGAGGUGAUUCCCCCUUAUGAGACAUCGCUUCAAGGAGGCAGGCACUUUAACUUCCAACCUAUUCUCAAGCAAAUUUGAUUGUUUGCUAAAUGUAUCUUACCUCAUUCUCCUGCACAUCGCUGUGAGCACACCUCAAGGAGCAAGGAAUGUUAUCCUAGAUUUGAACCAGUAAACAGAUUGAGGAGAAAUAAUGAGACAGUAUUCAAUCUAGGUUCUCAAUUUUGCACAAUCCUCACACCGAUACUUCUCUUUUUAGUUGAGCUGACAUUUCAUUGGCGAGGAAUCGUCUCAUGGAUCGAUGCAAAUUGUAUUUGACACCAAACAUGAACAAAGCACAGCUGGUGAUUACUGAUCAAUGUUGCACACUGGCCUCCUUAGCAACCUGCUGAAACUUUUUACUAGAGAGUAAAUAUGAAUGAUGUACUACACAAUGCUGUUUGGAAUGUACAGGGUGACUUUUGUAUCUCUAAGAACCGUCCAUGUAAAAAGGCAGAUGAUGCAGCUGCUAUCCCAUGAACACAGUGAAGGCACGAAACACUACUGAAAAUGACUAUUUGUAAACUUGAGCCAGUACUACAGGGUAGGCUGUCCAAGAGCAGCUACUUCAAGUUGCAUGCAGUAAACACCGGGUAAUUUAUUAGAUUUGCUUCCUGCUUGUUCAUAUAUUUAUGCAGAGUAACAAGUUGAUGUGAGGACCCUUAAUGCUUUUUUGUAAAAGUACAAAAAUGUUGCACAAUUGUCUUUUGUUUUCAUGAGAAUUUGAUUUCUGUUUGGAUACCGCGUAGAUGGUAAAGGCUUCACAAUGACCAAUGAGGCAUGUUAGGACAUGAGGAAAUGCUGCAAGUGAACAGCUGUUGAUGAGGUCAUUUCUCCUUCAAUGAUGAAAUCUAAUUUCUUUUUAGGGAGAUAACACUUUAUUGCCUAUGAUUACAGGCAGCAUUCCUAAAAUCCAAAUAGUCCCAGCAACUUCCACACUUUGCUAAUCUGGGAAAUCUGAAACAACCACAGUGUAUGCUGGAGAAACACAGCGCGUCCGACAACAUCUGUGGAGAAUAAGCAUCUGAAGUGUUUGGGCCAUAUAAGCACAGUGGCUACAAGAUCAGGUCAGACGCUAGGUAUACUGUGGUGAGUAACUCACACCCUCUCCCCAAAGCCUGCCCACCAUUUACAAGGCACAAGUCAGGAGUGUGGUGGAAUACUCCUCAAUUGCCUGGAUGAGUGCGGCUCCAACAGCACUCAAUAAAGUUAAGACCAACCAGGACGAAGCAACACCCCAAACACCACCUUCAACGUUCACUCCGUCCACCACCAAUGCUCAAUAGCAGCACUAUGCACCAUCUACAAAAAGCAUUGUAGCAACUCACCAAGCUUCUCCAGACAACACCUUCUAAGCCAAUGACAAUUACAAUCUGGAGGGACAAAGGCAAGAUUCAUAGGAACACUGGCACUUGCAAGUUCCCCUCCAAGCCGUUCACCAUCCUGACUUGGAAAUAUUUUGACGUUCCUUCAAUGUUGCUGAAUCAAAAUCAAGGAAUUCCCUAACAACCACUGUGGAUGUCCCUACAUGCCAACAACAGCAGUUGUCCAAGAAGCAGCUCAAUACCACUUUCUCCAGAGUAGUUAGAGGUGGUCAAUAAAUGUUGGCCUCACUCACAAUCCUUGACUUAUUCUAUCUACCUUUAAAAAUUGUACUGGCUGCCCACUGGUCCUUUGUUAAUGUUCCUUUGUAAUUAGCUUUUAGGUAUGUGUAAGGGUGUCCAUGAGAAGGGAGGCCUGGUGGCAUAGGGGGUAGCGUCUCUACCUCUAGGUUCAAAUCUUUCUCAGAGCCAUGGAACGUUCGGUUAGAGCUUAGUUGAUUAUCAGUGUGUAAAUUCUUUCCCAAUCAGUUGUACGGCAGGAGGCAGUGGCAAAACACUGGAGCUCUUGUCCAUAUAACCAUGUAUCACAUAGAGAGGUCAUGGAUACAAAUACCCUCUUAACACAAAGGCCUGAAGCGAGAGUGAGAGAAUAGUCUCUCUGUUAUCCUUUCCUACAUUUGGUUUAAUAUGUACAGAGAGACACAGUGCAGCCCAGGGGUUUGAUGCUUUCACUGAGUUUGCCUAGUAUAUCAAUUAACUGUGCCCCUCUCUAUCUUAAACAUUGUUUUUCAUAUUAUUAAUUGUUUUUCAUUUUAUUAAUCUCCCCUUCUUAUGCCAUGUCUGACGAGUUGGUCUCCCUGGUAAAUACAGGGUUACUAUUUAAUACUUCUGUUUUCUCAAGUCAUACAACACAGAAACAGACCCUUUGGUCCAUGCUGAUCAAGUUUCUCAAACUAACUCGGCCCAACUUGACUGUGCUUGGCCAUAUCCCUUUAAACCUUUCCUAUUCGUAUAUCUGUCCAAAUUUUUAAAUGCUGUAACUGUACCUGCAUCUACCACUUCCUCUGGUAGCUUGUUCCGUACAUGCACCACCCUCUGUGUGAAAAAGUUGGUUUUCAGGCCCCUUUUAAAUCUUCCUCCUCUCACCUUAAAAGUAUGCCCCACCCUAGGGAAAAGAUACCUACCAUUCACCCUAUCUAUGCCCCUCAUGAUUUUAUAAACCUCUUAAGGUCAUAGCUCAAACUUCUACUCUCCAGUGGAAAAAAGUUCCAGCCCAUCCACCUUCUUCUUAUAAUUCAAAUCCUCCAGUCCUGGCAACAUACUUGGUAAAUCUUUUCUGAACCCUCUCCAAUUUAAUAAUAUCUCUCCUAUAGCAGGGUGACCAGAACUGUAAACAGUCCUUCAAAAGUGGCCUCAUCAAUGUCCUGGAUAACCGCAUUGUGACAUUGGUUCACAAUCAGGACCUGUGAGUUUAUUGUGUGUAUCACUUAUUGAUUUUACCCUGAUAUCCUAAUCUUUCUUUUCCUACUUAUGUGUCUGGAAUACUUCGGUCUUUCUUCUUAGUUUUGCAAUUCUUCUUCUGAAUUUUUAGUAUCUUUCUGCUAACAUUUAUGUUCCUUUUUCUCAUCUGUGCUGUCAAUACAUUUUAAUAUUGUGAUAUUUAUUAUUAUUCCUGUUUUAUUUUAUUUUCCAACAUGACCUUAUUUUUGUGGCAUGUUUCCAUAUUGUCCCCACUGCCAUCUAGUUCUUCCUUUGUCAGUAAAUCUUUUGUUUAUUUUUCCUCUUCCAUCAUUAUCCCCUUAAAAUCAGCUUCGCUGCAAUCUAUUUUUUGCUCCUUUUCUUGGUUGUGUCUUUCUCAAACAUUAUCUCGAAUCUUCUACUUGUUUAAACUUGCUUCUUUAAUCUAUUAUAAUUAAUUUCCUGUUAUUACACCCAACAGCGUUGCCUCCCUUUUCGGGACCUCUACGUAAAGAUUAAGAAAGGGGUCCUGUACACACUGUAAUAACUCCAUCCCUGUCCCUGUUUUGCUACCUGUUCCCAGUUUUUGUUUGAAGCUAGUUAAAAUCUCUGAUUAUUAUUUUAAGCUGUUUUCAGUCAUUCCACAUAUUUGCAUGUAUAUUUCUUCAUGAACCUUUUAUUCUGGUGUUAGGUGGUGUGCAGUGGGAUUAUUAAUGUGUCUGGUCCCAUAUUUGUAUUCAUUUUAAUCCAAAUGGAUUGUUUUUCUAACCAUCUGUUACUUAACUGUCUUUUUUUGCUGUUAUGUCACCUCUCACUUGUACAGCAAUUACCCACUCCUCUUCUUUUGCCUGUCCUUUCUUAUGUUAUAGCCAGAAACAUCUCAUUCUUUACAUAGACAUGGAUGAACGGACAGAUAGAACUUAUGGUCAAAUAAGUGGGAAUGAAUGGACAGAUAGGUGGGGAUGACUGGACAGGUAAAUGGGAAUGAAUGGACAGAUAGGUGGGAAUGAAUGGAUGGUUAGGUGGAAAAUAAACGGACAGAUAAAUGGGAAUGAAUGACAGAUAAGUGAGAAUGAAUGCUCAGAUAUUUGGGAAAACAAAUGAAUGGACAGAUAGAUUGGAAUGAUUGGACAGAUAGAUGGGAAUGAAUGGACAGAUAGUUGGAAGGAUGCCUGAGCAGAUGUGCAGGUAGUUUAAUACAUGUAAGUACAACAGAUUUUUGCUGGAAGGAAGGAUAAAUGGAUGGAUGGAGGGAUGGCUGGAAAGGGAGAUUGGUGGAUGGAUGGACACUUUGUUCAGUGGAGACAUGGAGGGAAGUAUAAUGAUGGAACAACAGCAAAUAGAAGAUAUACGGUUGGACAAGUAGAUGAAUGGUUGCAUGGACAGUCUGGUGCUUGGCUGGUUGAGUGCCUGGUUAGACAGUUACAUGGUGUAUGGAUGGCUUGGUGGGAAGAUUCAUGAGUAUAUGCUUGGAUAAAUGGAUAAGUGGCUUCAUGAAUAGAAAUAUGACAGGGUGGAUAAUGGAAUGGAUAUUACAGUGAGACAGAAUGAUGGAUAAACAAAUGGUGGCUGAUUGGAUGGAUAGAUUGAUACUGAAUGCAUAGCCAGGUGAUGAAGGGGCAGAUAGAUGAUGAACAGAAAGAUAGAUAGUGAAUGGACAAAUAGAUGAUGGGGGCAAAGAUAGUUGAUGAAGGAACAGAUGACUGGGCAAAGAUAUAGUCAGCUGGAUGGACAGAGAGAGAUGGAGAAUGGAUGGAUAAAUGAUGAACAGAUGGAUCGAUGGCGAUUGUCCAACGAAUGGUGCACAGACAGAGAUAGUUGAGUGGGUGAUUGCACAGACAAAGAGUCAGAAAAAUUGAUGAACAGAUAGAUUUAUAAAUACAUUAGAAGAUUGAUAGACAAUAAAUGGAAAAUUGGUGAAUGAAUGUCAAGACAGAUAAUUGUAUUGUUGCAUGGAUAAACAAUCGAUGGUCAAUGGAUUUACAAUUCGAUGGCUGAAUGGUUAAACAGACAGAUAGUGCCUGAAUGGAGGGAUAAAUGGAUGGAUAGAGAGAAAGUGGGUAAUAAAUAUAAUGUUAGAACCUGUCAGCAGUAAUCGUUCCAAUCUGGCACUUGGACUGAAAGCAUGUGAAAUGCAGUAGUCCUAAUGGAAGUUUGGAAAAGAAUCAGCUUAAUGUAUGAAGCUAACUGAUUAACACAUGUUCUGUUCGUAGCUGCAUUUGGAAUAAUUUUGCACAUUCUGAAUCAUGAGUCAAUCCAACUUCGGAGAGUUUUUAGCAAGAAAUGUGGACAUUUCCUCUUUGUCUUAUGUGUUGUUAAAUGAUAUUCACUCCAGAACAGUAGCAAGGAUCCUGUUGGGUAGACUCAGUUUUGUCAUGCUGUCUUGAGGAGUAUUAUAGUAAAUGUUGAGUGUUAUCAGAAAUAUGGGGUCAUUUAUCCAUGGCCUUUGUGUGUAGUGUUAAAUCUAAGGAAAAGCUAAUUAUUUGAUUUUGCUGAGAAAUAAGUAGAAAAUUGAAAUCUCAUCCAGUUUCAAAAGUUGAUUUCUGCCAUUGCAACACAUUGGUAUUAUCUUUAUGAAAAAGUGGCUAAUGAUUUCUUUUGUAUUUGCUUUAGUGGGGGUGAAAGUUGGAGUCUUUAUCAAUUUUGUAAAAAUAGUGUCACCACCAUUGGGUACUCUAAUACAUUUUAUGUAACUGUGUAUGAGCACAGCACAGCAUGUUCCUUUAAGCAUCUGAACACCUAGAAAUGCCUGCAAAGAGAGUUAAGUGUCAUACAAUCUGGGGCAUUGCUUUUUAAGUAAGAUGAUUUUCUUUUGGAAGGCCUGAAUUUUGAAUUGCGUAGAGGCACUGCUGAUGCUGCAGCUCUCGGCCACGUUUCAAAAGAUUGCCCUGCAGGAAUCUAAGCAUUUGAAACAAUUCCCUCUUUCUCCAGCGAAGUUGGUGGAGAUGCAACUCCAUACAGUUGUUUUAUAUGUGAGAGAACUGUCACUGCAAAAAAUGCCUGUUUUGAGGUUGACGUGCAGCAAGCAGUUACAUUUCAGGCUUGCUUACAACAUUGGCUUAUUUUCUGCAGGUAAAUGAGGGGAAACUUUCCAGAAAGUAAAUGCUUAAGAGGGUCUAUUCUUAAUUACGUUUAAGCUGAAAAUCUAUUUCCCUGGAGGUUCUCCCUUUUCCGCAAGGACACAUUUACAUUGUGCUUACCUUUUCAUUGUCUGAAGUACAGCAUUCCCACUUUAUCCACUUUACUAGAGUGGGAUCAAUAUCCUGAUUGCGCUGUCUCCAGGCAUAUUAAUGAACAGCCUCUAGUCCUUUGUCCACUAUGGUCAGGACAAACAGGUUUUCUUUGUAAAUGUGUCCUACAAAAUUUACAUUAUGCACUGUUGAACUGAGGUGUGUUGAAAUGGAAAUGUGGGAAUACUCGGUUUACUAUGCAAAAUAUCAGUACACAAACCAACUGAGCUGAAAAAAAGAAAUGGAUUCAUCUAGUCAACCCAAAGCCCUAGGGUUGGAAACUCUCUGCAUUGCUUGGUCGUUACUUUUUUUUCUGUUAAAUGCUGUUAAUGUUUCCUGGCGCUGAACGAGAUGUGCACUAACAGAAUCUGUAAAUAAUGAUUGAGCUCAAAAUUGGUGAGCAGAUUCUUGUGUCCCGUCAGCCUGCUGAACAUCUCAUGUUCAUAAAACAAAUGCUUCUGGCAUCACUUAAGUCAACAGUUUUGUUUUAGAAAGAUCUAUUUUUGAAGCUUUUGAAAUAGUUGUUAUUAUGUAUUCAUCUUUUAUGUAAAGAAAAAAGCCAAUAAAUUGACACAGUUUGUAA